AUGACAAAGGCUUUGGCUUCUCCGGCGGAGCACACCGAGACCGUGAAGCACCCACCGUACGUACGACCAAUCGUGCUCGCCAGCUCGGUGUACUUGGAAUGAACGAUGCGGUUUUUUUUUGACGCUCGGUCGAUUUCCGAUCGUCAGUUAAUUAAUAACUAACGUCGCGUUACCACGAUCGGUGUGUACAUACAAUUGGAUGAUUCUAAUUUUGCGAACGAAAGGAAUUCGAACGUUUUGUUUAACAGCGUCGUGUUGGUAAAAGGAACGCGAGGAAAACGCGAAAUCUCAAACGUGUGUGCUCAUGUAUUGUAGACGUAGAAAUAAAACGAUUCCGAGAGAUUGUACCGUAAACUAAACGAGGAUUUCUUGUUUCUGAUUGCAGGUUGUAAAAUCAAAGCGCUCCGUGCAAAGACCAACACCUACAUCAAGACGCCGGUGCGCGGCGAGGAGCCGGUGUUCGUGGUGACCGGCCGCAAGGAGGACGUGGCCCGUGCGAAACGCGAGAUCCUCUCGGCUGCGGAGCAUUUCUCUCAGAUCCGCGCGUCGCGCAAGAGCUCGUUGGGCGCGUUGCUGGGCGCGCCCCCCGGACCGCCGGCGUCGGUGCCGGGCCACGUGACGAUUCAGGUACGAGUCCCGUACAGAGUGGUCGGCCUGGUGGUCGGGCCGAAGGGCGCCACCAUCAAGAGAAUCCAGCAUCAGACGCACACCUACAUAGUGACGCCGAGCCGCGACAAGGAGCCGGUGUUCGAGGUGACCGGUCUACCCGAAAGCGUGGAGGCUGCCAGACGCGAGAUCGAGGCACACAUAGCACUUAGAACCGGCACAGGAACCACCCUCGACGAUUCGGAACUGCUAAGCGUGCUCUGUCGCGGUGGCCUGGGCUCGAUCCUCGGUUGCCUCGAUCCACCGGGCUCGAACGGCUCGAACGGAUCGAGCGGCGCGUUCUCCAGCAGCGGAAGUUGCAGCAGCUCGUCCAGCAGUUCCGGUGCACCUGGACUGAACGACCUGGUGGCGAUCUGGGGCGCCGGAAUGGAGAGGGACGAGGGACUAGGCGAGUCGCCGUCGUUCGAGUCGCAGACUGCGUCCGCCUCGUCGAUCUGGUCGUUCCCCGGCGUCGCGCUACCAUCCAGGCCAUCGCCGCCGGCGUCGGCGAGUCCCACCUCACCCACGGACUCGCUGCUCGGCGGUGGACGACGAGAAUGCGUGGUGUGCGGCGACAAGGAGGUCACCGCCGCCCUCGUACCAUGCGGACACAAUCACUUCUGCCUGGACUGCGGCAAUCGGGUCUGCGAGAGCUCCGACCCUAGCUGCCCCGUCUGCUCCAGGCCUGUCCUGCAGGCACUUCGUAUCUUCUCUUAA